CAGACGCUGAUGAAGGGCCAACAAGCUUCAUCUGUCAUAUAUGGGCCCAUUAAUGGCUAGCAAAGGCUGAUAAAGAGUUAACCGUUAUCGCAGACUUCUUCUGCCCUAGCCUCAUAAAAGCCGUACUUGUGCAUUUGAUUUCUUUUCUUCAUCGCCUAGUACCGUCGCCUACUAGGGAUUCAACUGAUCUGCUACUAUGUCGUUCCCCAACUCAGAAGAUCGCAAGCACGUUAACCCACAACGGAAAUCCGACAAAAGGCAGGAUGAGCAUCCAAGACAAAUGCCGCAGGCACAAAAGCAGCCAAGCAGCUGGUCAGAUUCUCCUACUCAACAUCAAGGUUCCAGUCGACAGCCAUCUCACCAAGCCAAUCCUGCACACUAUUCACCUGCGCAGUACGCUCCUGCGCAACAUACUCCCGCGCAACGUCCCCAUGCACAGUACGCUCCUGCGCAACAACAUGCUCCCGCGCAACGUCCCCAUGCACAGUAUGCUCCUGCGCAACAACAUGCUCCUGCGCAACAACAUGCUCCCGCGCAACGUCCCCACGCACAGUACGCUCCUGCGCAACAACAUGCUCCUGCGCAACAGCAUGCUCCCGCGCAACGUCCCCACGCACAGUACGCUCCUGCCCAACAACAUGCUCCCGCGCAACGUCCCCAUGCACAGUAUGCUCCUGCGCAACAACAUGCUCCUGCGCAGCAAACAUGCUCCCGCGCAACGUCCCCACGCACAGUACGCUCCCUGCCCAACAUGCUCCCGCGCAACGUCCCCACGCACAGUAUGCCCCGCACAGUAUGCCCCCGCACAGCACCCCCCCAGCUCAGUUUCCUCCUGCACAUUACCCACCAGCCCCACCAGGGCGAAGGUGAGGGAUGGUUUGGUUCAUUAUUCGUAGUGUGACUGCUAUGCCAACUCCUGUAUAUCAGAUGUAAGAUUAGCGCAUGUAUUUUGGUUAUCUCAAAUGUUUACAAGGUGACACGUUGA